CGAAAGUACAGGUUUUUCGUGACGAAAAUGUCCAUCAACAUCACACACGACAUGUGCUUUGUUGAGGGGAAAAACAGCCGAAUAUCGAUGAGGGCGUUGUUAAGGCAACAGGUAGAGGAACAAAGUGACCUUUGCGACUUUACAGUUAAAAAUGGACAAUGGGUUUUCUAGAGCUGAAACUCGGCUCCCCAGAGUUGAUCGACAUGGCGAUCAUGUCCUUGUACGGGAAGUAUCCAAAUUUGACCAUGGAUACGGUACCUGACCUGAUCAACAUUGCUGAAUUUUUGUUGCAACCUGAACUUAAAGCGUUCUGUGUAAAUUGGAUCAACUAUGAUUUCGAGGUGGAUGAGGAUAACGUAGAAAACUUGCUCCAUCUCACAAGCCUCUAUGACUUCGAAAGUCCUAAAUUGACUAUGUACAUCAGGCAGCAUUUGCUAGAAUUGUUGGGUGGCAAUCAAUUACUGAAAAUCACGGCUGACACGCUUGAAAACAUGUUUUUAGAUGCAACAUUGUCCUAUGUAAAUGCAGACGUAAGGUUUGAAUUCGUCAUGAGGUGGGUAGAGCACUCUCCGGAACAGAGAAAAUCGAACCUACACAAAAAAAAUUGGGAGUAUAGAACUUACAGAAGUAGCGGCCGGUUUAAUUGAAAAGCAAAAGGGGACAAAAACUUUAAGGAUUUACAAACUGUAAUUGAACCCGAAACAGUGGUUAAGAUGCAAAAUGUACUGAUCACUCACAAAAAUGAUCCUAGAGAUUUCAGGGUUUUCGACCUAAGCAAAGAAGAAUGGUACAGAUUGGAAAUUAGCACUUACGAUUGGAUCGAAGAGUCCUUUACAUUUAAAUCAAGUGAACCAACUCUUUGUCUUGUUGUCAACAAUUUUAGAAUGUGAAUUUCGUCUUCACGAUUUCGGAGCCGACCAGUGUUCGUGCACUGUUCCUCGUCUGGCUAGUUCUGAGGAUUUAAAUUCCCGGUCGAUUAAUGCACUUUACAUAUGUGACAAAACAUGUUAUGUCAUCUCAGUUGAUAAUGGGAGAAUUGGUCGCAAAUCGACACUCUUUUUCGGGGCAAUCAACGAGUGUGGUGAAGAAACAACUUUGUCACCAAUUAUAUCACUGAACGUAAAUGUUGACGUACUGCUGGCGGUAAAUGAGGUAAAAUAUAUAGCACUUUGUUCACAUGACCGUUCCCUCCUUUGCAUAUACGACGAACGUACCUGCAAAGUUGAAAACAUCAAUGUCAAGCUUGAAUACGAUGUUGUCAGCCCAUUUAAAGACGGGUUUGUCAUCUACGGCCAGGAGAAAAUCUGUUAUAUCCAACCAAGGACAGACUCUUGUGUUAAAUGGAAAAGUUCAGUGUAUGAAACAUGUCUGCAUGAUGAGGGCAUUUGUACUCUUAGAGUUGUUGAAAACAGAUGUCUUCGUUUUCGAAGGAAAUUUGGUGAUAAUCAUGAAGUCUGUUUGGACUAUACACUGGAUGAACUGGGCAGAGUAAAUAUGAACGAUGUAAAAUGGAAGCAGAUCCCUCUCCCCAACGACCAUGUAGAUGAUUCUAUCAUUCGAAAUAUGCAAGAAAUAGAGAUUCCACACUCGAAGCUUAAAUGCCAUAUUGAGUGUCCACACUGUAGACGACGGAGAAACGAACAGUUGGGAAUCGGUUUAUACGAGGAGGAAACAAGAUACUCUACGCUAAAAUUGGUCCGCGGCUGGAGCUAUGGUGUCGAUGUUUACGAUAAUAACUUUGACGACAGUGAUGUAGACAAUUAACAAAGUCAUGAUUAAAAAUAUACUUUAACUGUAUUUAUUGUAUUGCAAGCACAAUAAACAGAAGGCAUAGCGAAGUAAAAAUUAUAUUUUUAUAAAUAAAGAUUAUGUUGUUAAUAAAUCUUUCAAAUUAAAAACACCAAUACAAUGUACUAUAAAACGUUUUCUUUCUGUGCCAGCCAUGCCUUUACACAUGUUAGUGAUAUUUUUGUACUGUGUUUGUUUCUGAACCUUACUGAAUCAUUUUCGAAACAGAAGCGAUUUACGUUAAUCAUUCUUAAAUAUUCUAGUUCGAUUAGAAAAUUUACAGUAGAACAUUUCAAUUAAGUAUUAAGAUUUACCUUUUACGUUUUUUUUUAUUCAGGAUUGUUGGGGUUGUGAGGUUUGUGCACGUAAACUGGUUUAAACCGCUAGUAAAUUUACAUUUUACUGACCGUUCCAAGGCGAUACCUAACAAUCCUUGAUAAACAUACCUAGUUUUUUUAUAUAUUAUAUAUGCACUGUGUUGUUUCUGGAGUUUGUGCUGUUUUUUUCUUGUUUCUUGUUUGUGAUUUUUGUUUGUUUUUGUGUUCUUUGUCUACCGUUUACCCUAUGCCAUUAAACGGGUUUUUUGUUUAAACUACAUUUUGGCUACUGAGCUUGUUUCUGUAGUUUUUCACAUUAGUAUUUAUAUCAGUAUAUUGAUUUCAAUAAAUGCAUUCACCUAAGAAACAUUACAUUACAUUAUGCAAAUCAAGAAUUAUCUAAUAUCGGACAUUCAUUCCAGUUCAUAUAUAUCCUCAAAAUAAUGUUUGAAAUUCAGUUUCUUCUUGUCAUGUUCAAACAUAUUUCCAUUGUUCGUUUAUAUAAUAUACAUAUAAAUUAAA